AUGGAACGUGGCAGCUUGGCGUGCCUAGGCUCCGCCCACAAUUGCCACGUCAUCAAUGCCGACCUACCUAGGAACCAUCACCGGUUGCAUCCGGAGAUAAUUGAUAAUGGAGUGCACGCAAAUGGAAUUCAAAGUCAAUACGGUUCCUUCUCAUCGCUGGCGCAAGCUGAACCAUCGACAUCUGUAAUGCGUCGUUCGUGUACUACAGAUGAAUUCAGAAGAGUCAGAAGACGUCUGCCGAGAAGACCAGAUGAGCUGGGUGAACCCAUCGAACUUCCACAAUCCAAGUCAAUGUACGAAAGAGCACUUUGUGCACAGUUUGGGAAUUCUGCUGGAUAUGCCACGUCGCCUCCAGAAGACUAUACACUACGAAAAGAGCGAGAGAGUGUGGAAAUGGAGAGACGCAGAGAGAAGACGAGUCGACCGCCAAGUUUGGCAUUGCAAAGCACUAUUGAUACUAUUAGAAAUUCCAGCGCAAUGGAAGGAGGUCCACGUCGUCAGACUCCAAUGAGCAACCAAAAUCAUCCCUCUGCUACAGUAAUCGAUCCGUGUGCUCAUCUGGAGACACCGAUUUCUCCGCAUAUAUUCCAAUCAGUGCUCCCAUCACCGACACCAUCAUCAUCUGGACGUCGUCUACCAGCACUUCCAAUCAAUUCAGCCGCUCUUCUCCGACGAAUUCCAAUGGCGAACAUCCCACCGAAUCCACCAUCAAAACUUCAAGAUCAUCAAUUAUGUUUUAUGGAUGGAAUGGCGGAUUCAAUGAUGGAACGAUCAGGAUUCGAGGAUUCUUAUUAUGAGGAGGACGGCAUUAAUGGGAACAGUAGGAGACGAAGAGGACAGAGAAAAUCCUUCUUCUCUCCAGAUGACUCAUCUGGAGUCUCCUCGUGCACGACGUCGGACAGCCAGAAUCCCACCCAUCGCGUUCAAUCGGCGUUCCAUCCGAGACAUCCCGAUGAACUGCUUCUGGAGAUUGGAGAUGCUGUUCACGUCGAUAGGACUGCCGACGAUCAUUGGAGUUAUGGAACAAAUUUGCGUACGGGACAGUCUGGAAUAUUUCCAGCUUCUAUAGUUUGCGAGAUUGAUUUGGUCGAGGAGAUUUGUUUAGGUGCACUGCCAACAAACACGAAUAAAAUGCUAAACGGAGAUCGUGACACGUUCUACCUGACAAUGUUAGCAUCCAUCGAGGUUGCUCAUCAUAAAGGAAAUGACGUUUUGACUCAAGCGAUGAACAAAGUGCUGUCAAUGUACAAAAAUUCGGAGGAGAUUAUUGUACCGCAGACGGUGCUGAUGGAAAUCUCGUUUAGAGGAAUUCAUGUGAUUGAUAAGAGAAGGAAGAAUUUUUUCCAAUGUCCAAUGUUCGAUUUCUUCUACAGUCUCCAGAACAUUUCAUUCUGCGGUGCUCACCCGAAACAAUUGAAAUAUUUCGGAUUCAUCACCAAGCAUCCCCUUUUGCCACGUUUUGCCUGUCACGUCUUCAUGUCAAAAACGACCACUCAACCGAUCGUCGAGGCUAUUGGACGAGCCUUCAAACGAUCCUAUGAUGAGUAUAUGGCAUUUGCUCACCCGACCGAGGAUAUUUAUUUGGAAUAA